GGGGAGGAAGGUGGCGCACGCGCGGGCCGUCACAUGCAGGGGCCCGGCCUAUCAGCGGGCGCGCCGAGUUCUUAGCGUAGAGCGUAUCCCCCAUCGACGCCUCCUUCCUCCUACUCCCAUAAUCCGUCUUGUGUUGCUGUUGAGGAAAAACGCAGGAGGAAGAGGAGGGAGCAGAGAGGGAGGGGUGUGCGCGAGCGCCGGUGUCCCGGUAGGCUGUGCGGCUGAGGGGGAGGGGAGAAGGAAGAGGGGAGCCGCUGCUGCUGCUGCCGCCGCCGCCGCCGCCGCCUCAAGAAUCGUCGUCGCUGCCCGCUCUGGUUGUGGAGGGAGGAGUGUGGCGGAGGAAGAAGAGGAGGAGGCGCGGCAGCGGCGGUGCCGGCUGGGUCGGGAAGAUGGCGGCUGCGGCUGCUGUUCCUGUGAACCUGCGCCUCGGAGAUCUGGUGUGGGGGAAGUUGGGCCGAUAUCCUCCUUGGCCAGGAAAGAUUGUUAACCCACCAAAGGACCUGAAGAAGCCUCGUGGGAAGAAAUGCUUCUUUGUGAAGUUUUUUGGGACUGAAGACCAUCUUCCUGUGCUUGAGGAGCUGGAGCCAAAACUUCACCACCCAUGUACAAGAGAGAGCGCUUGGAUUAAAGUGGAGCAGCUGAAGCCUUAUCACGCCCACAAAGAGGAAAUGAUCAAAAUUAACAAAGGCAAGAGGUUCCAGCAAGCUGUGGAUGCUGUGGAAGAAUUCCUCAAAAAAGCCAAAGGCAAGGACCAGGCGUCUUCUCAUAACUCCACUGAAGAGAAGAACCGGCGGAAUUCCAGCGAAGAGAAGGGCAAGCAGUCAGUGGGAGAAGAGAAACACAAAGCCGGGUUGUCUGACAGGAAGCCGAAAAAGAGGGUGUCUUCUGUGUCCUCGGAGCGAGGCUCCAAAUCCCCACUGAAGAGAACAUAUGAGCAAAGCCCCCGGAAGCGAGGGCGCCCCCCUAAAGACGAGAAGGAUCUCACAAUCCCUGAGUCGAGCACGGUGAAGAGAAUGAUGACUGGCACCGUGGCUGGCUUUAAAUGGCCACCAAGUGUAAGCGAGCCUGUGAAAGAUGGCGACCCUCAUUUCCAUCACUUCCUGCUUAGCCAGACAGAGAAGCCGGCUGUUUGCUACCAAGCCAUCACGAAGAAGCUGAAGGUGUGUGAAGAGGAAACAGGGUCCACGUCCAUUCAGGCAGCAGACAGCACAGCUAUCAAUGGCAGCAUCACUCCUACAGACAAGAAGAUAGGGUUCCUGGGCCUCGGCCUGAUGGGCAGUGGCAUUGUGUCCAACUUACUAAAAAUGGGCCAUACUGUCACGGUCUGGAACCGGACUGCUGAAAAGUGUGAUUUGUUCAUCCAGGAGGGGGCACGGUUGGGAAGAACCCCCGCUGAAGUGGUCUCGACCUGUGACAUCACUUUCGCCUGCGUAUCUGAUCCCAAGGCAGCCAAGGAUCUGGUGCUGGGUCCUAGUGGAGUUCUCCAGGGUAUACGUCCAGGAAAGUGCUACGUGGACAUGUCCACCGUGGAUGCGGACACUGUUACAGAACUUGCCCAGGUGAUUGUAUCCAGGGGUGGUCGUUUUCUGGAGGCACCAGUCUCAGGGAACCAACAACUAUCUAACGAUGGGAUGCUGGUGAUAUUAGCUGCUGGAGACAGGGGCUUAUAUGAAGACUGCAGUAGUUGUUUCCAAGCCAUGGGGAAGACCUCUUUUUUCCUAGGAGAAGUGGGUAAUGCUGCCAAGAUGAUGCUGAUCGUGAACAUGGUCCAAGGAAGCUUCAUGGCCACAAUAGCGGAAGGGCUGACUCUGGCUCAAGUGACUGGUCAGUCCCAGCAGACUCUUCUGGAUAUCCUCAACCAGGGACAACUUGCCAGCAUCUUCUUGGACCAGAAGUGCCAAAACAUCCUGCAAGGAAAUUUUAAACCGGAUUUCUACCUGAAAUACAUCCAGAAGGAUCUCAGAUUAGCCAUUGCACUAGGCGACUCUGUUAACCACCCAACUCCCAUGGCAGCUGCAGCCAAUGAGGUCUACAAACGGGCGAAAGCAUUGGACCAAUCUGACAAUGACAUGUCUGCUGUGUACAGGGCCUACAUCCACUAGGCUACCCCAUUCUUGUUAAUACCAUUAUUAUUAAUUAUGAUGAAUACUGGGUUUUAACUCUGGACCAGUCUGUCUGUCUGUCUCUUCUUCUACUCCCCCCCCCCAUUUUUUCUUUUUUUAAAAUACAAAAACUCUUUUGAGAUUUGCCACAAGGGCAGUUGCUAUCGCAAGCCUUCCUGUGUCAGCAGCAGCAGCAGCAGCAGCGAGAGUAGGUGGAGAAGGGCUCGGAUCAUUGCUUACUUGACAACACAUCUGUACCACGCGUGGAGAGACACGGAAUGGAAUUGGUGGCAGGGCAUCCCAGGAACCCUGAGGGUGACUCUUGCAAAGGAGUCUGCUGCUUGGCUUCUUCUGGCUGUAACUUGUACCUGUGUCCCCAAGGUUCUUGUUUGUUUCCAACUGCUGUUUCACUUCUUUUUCUGUGAGUGAUGUUUGCAUUGGCCUCUCUUGUGCAGUCGGGAUAACUGAAAGAAGGAUGUCCCACCUACCUGUGAACCUCUAUGGCUCAGGCUAGACCUUGACUGGAAUGGGAACCUGGCUCUUCAGUGGGGGGGUCUCCCCUAGAAGGAAAUGAUCAGAUUAAGAAGGUGAUAGGGCUAAAAUUGGCAUGGGAGUUUCGGAGUAAUCCCCACCUCAACAUAAUGGAAUUAGUUCUGAGAACCAAAACAGGCUCCGUUCAUGCCAUCCCCACAGAGACAGCUUAGUUUUUAGGUUACACAGUGUAUGGGCAUGGGGCUCCAAUAUGCUGAAUACAUUUAAGAGCAGCCUUUGGCUCUCUCAAUUGUUGGACCCCAACUCCCAUCGGCCCCUGCUAGCAUGGGCAAUAGUCAGGCAUGAUGAGGGUUGUAUUCCAGCAACAUCCAGAGGGGCACAGGUUCCCCAUCCUUGAUAUAAGAGGCUGAUUCCCAAAAGGCUAAUCCAGUCUGAAUAUUGCUGUAAAACCAUAUUUUUAUAUAAUUCAGAAAAUGAAUUGUCAUGUGUAUUUUAAUGAGUGAAGGUUAGAAACUUUGGUCUUCCUUUAGUUUUAAGUCUGGUAGCAUGCAUGCUGCACAUUCACACUUGAUGAUCUAUGGCUUUCUGGGUUGGUAAGGGUUAUUAGGAUUCUUUUAAUGUUGCCAGAGAGCCAUAGGGCAAGAAAGUAAUAAGAUUAGAGAGAGUGGCUUCAGGAAGACCCAAACUCUAAACCCAGAAUCUUGACUUCAUGUUUUCCUUUCUGUAAAAUUGGAGGAGAUAUGCCUAUUUGUUGGCAAAAACUUUAGCAGUCUAGUAAACUCUGCUUGCAUGAGUGAUCUAAUGGCAGUGACAGCAAGUUAUGAAUUGGCGUGAUUCAGGUGAAGUUGUGAACUCUCCAGAACAUCAACCAAGUUACCUGUGCUUUGGAAAUAGGAAGGAAAUAGAAAAGGAAGUGUGGAAUGGGUCCUGCUUUUGAGGCUGGUUACCAUGACGGUAGAUGAGCAGGGUCCCAAAGAGUUCAGAUAAUCCCCUCAAAUCAACCAGCUGCUUCCAAGGGAGGGUGAGCUUUUGAGCACAGCAUAACUUGACCACAUGCUUCCCUAACUGGCUAGUGUCGCAUGAACAACUUUGAAUUUUCUCUGGCAGCUCUUCAACUUUCAGAAUAGAAUGCAAGGAUAUAAUGAGUGGGUGUCAUGCAAAUAGCAAAGAAGAUGCUUGCCAAUAAAUUGGCAAACUUUUUUUUCAAAUGCAGAAGAAUCUUUUUAAAAAAUCUCAGUAUUAAUCUUUGAAGGGAGUUCUGUGUUCACACUUGAAAUGCAACAGCUUGGACAUCCCCUGCAGUUCUUGCACUGGAUUUCAUGUUUGCCAUAAGUGACCUGUACCUAUAGAAUCUAACAUGCAUAGCUCCGAUCUGCCCAGUAAUCUGUACUUCUCCAUUUUGUGGUGAAUAUAGCACUUGGAUCAGGACCUUUAUGUGAAUUGGGCUUCAUGUGUGUAGGUCCCCAAUACAAAAUGAAAGGCAGCAUGCAAACGUGGUGAGAGUAGCAGCGAUUUGGAUGUGCUUUUUCAUGUUGGGAACAAGCAGAGGGCUGAGGUGUUGAGUGUGUAUGAAGCUCCAAGAGGGCAGUUCUAGUGACAACCAACUUUAAUGUUCAAAUCUUGUACCAGCGCAUGCUGCUCAGGACUCUUGUUGCUUUUGUGGUGUAUAAGCAAUCCACCUGGAAAAAGAAGCAAAACCAGUUUAACUAGUUUUGGGUUCCUCUAGGGCAGCCUUCAACCUGGUGCCCUCCAGAUGUUUUGGACUACAACUUCUAUCAGCCCCAGCCAGAUGUCUGGAAGCCACCAGGUUGAGAAAGGCUGCCCUGAAUCUUCUGCUCUGACUUGUGUGAUCUUCAGCCACAGAUAACCAUCAGAGACCGUUGCUUCACUCUACAGUGAAAUUUUAACUUGUUUGGGGGCAACGGAAAUGAACACACAACUGUUGUGAGCUUCUGAGUCUGUACUUCCCUGAUUAAUCGUGUAAAGACAGUUUAGGAUUCUCAGCUAGCAAGAACAGCUGUAUCUUGGGGUCCUCAUGUAGUCCAAUUUGUAAAUUAUAGCAGCAGUUGCUAAGACUCCUGAGAUGAAGAGCCUCAAGGGUGGCAGUGGAAGGGGCCCCGUUUCUUAAUCUUGUGAUAAAACUGUCUUUAGAAAAUGUUAAAAGAUGUAAGCAGAAAUAGCAGCUCCUAGAACUCUUUAUUUUGCCUUCAAGUGAGAAAUCCAAACGGAGCUUGGGAGUAAAGGAGAAGUACUAACUUCUUCCAUUAAAGGCCAAAUCUUGUGGUUUCUUUGGCAAGGAGAAUAAAGAUCUGCUCAUGGGUGUGAUCCUUCCUGCAGGACUCUUAACAGUUACUGAUAUACCAGGGAAAAUAGAAAGCACUCUGAGGCAGAAGUUAAGGCUGGGUCAGAUGGCACCAAAACAAUAGCAAGUCUGUGGUGCCUUGAAGCUUUUAUUGUGGCAUAAGCUUUCAUGGGUCAGAAGUGUGGUCUGGCCCACACAAGUUUUAUACCACUAUAAAUAAAUAUAUAUACACAUAUAAGGGGCUGCAAGAUUCACUGUUUAAUGCUACUCAGUUUCUCUUCAGGAGCCAGUUUUGUUCAAAAUCCUUUUUUUGUGGGCCUCUUCAAAUUCCAGUUGUUGACACUGCCGAAGGGGGGAAGCUUGGGUUAUGCGAGAGUGUGAUGGAACUGGCUUUAGUCAUUGUUGUCUUAAUAUUGUUGACGAUGCUGUAAAGUUCCUUUUUAAUGGGGAUUUCUGUUUUAGCAAAGGCCUUUUAAUUUAGUUCCCUCCUUUUUAAAAGAAUAUGUGACACUUGUGGAAAGCUUGUAAGAAAAAGCAGUUUUCUUUUUAUUCCCUCUCCUUCGAUGACCGAUCUAUAGUUAAUAAGGUUGUGAAUUUUUUUUUUUUUAAAAAAUUGCCUUGUUUUUAAUUAACGUUUGUCAUUCAGAAUAGGAUGUGUGGUGAUGAUUAAAUGGCAAAAACAGAAGAAAUGAUUUUUUUUCUUGUGCAAUUAACAAAGCUACCGGCAAAAGGAAAUAAAACCUUUCUUGGUAAACGA